GCGGCGCCGUUGCCAUGGUAGCGGGCUGCCGGAAGCUAGCGGGGCUCGCCAGCUCAGAAGCCUCGGUGUCCGGUUGUUCCGCCGGGUCUGCGCGGAGCCAGGCCGGCGGGGCUACAAAAUGGGCUGAGAAGUCGGCGGCUUGACCGGACGAGGUCGGCUGCGGGGGAAGGGGCGCAGCGCAACACUGGCCCGGGACCAUAAGACGUCGGGUUUGAGGAGCCGGUGGGGCUGAGGUUUUCCUGGGUCCGGGGGCCGGAGCUGUAGGUGACUUCCGUCUUUCGGAAACCCUGCUUUUGACCGGGGUAUGGCAGGAGGUGUGCGCACCACGCUCCUGAUGGAUAGGUGGCACGUAGUGAGGGGCUCUGAAGCCUUCGUGUGGACGGGGAUGCCUGAGGCAACAGGAAGCCCCCUCGUGGCUGUGAGGUGUGCAGCCCCACACAGACACCCUCCUGCCUCGUUGGCGGAGUUCCCCAAGACGAGCGACCGUCUGUGGAAAAAGAACAGUUUUCGCUUUCACAAAUGUCAAAAUACGGGUUUAUUGUGGAGAUGCAUUGGCCAGCUUGUAUGCAUGAACGUACAAAUGUCUAACUUUUUUUUUCCCCUUUCUUUUUAUGAAGAAGAAUCCGGGCUUGAAAAUGGAGAUGUAUGAAACCCUCGGAAAAGUGGGAGAGGGAAGUUAUGGAACAGUCAUGAAGUGUAAACAUAAGGAUACUGGGCAGAUAGUGGCCAUUAAGAUAUUUUACGAGAAACCGGAGAAAUCUGUCAACAAAAUUGCAACAAGAGAAAUAAAGUUUUUAAAGCAAUUUCGUCAUGAAAACCUGGUCAAUCUGAUUGAAGUUUUUAGACAGAAAAAGAAAAUUCAUUUGGUGUUUGAAUUUAUUGACCACACAAUAUUAGAUGAGUUACAACAUUAUUGUCAUGGACUAGAGAGUAAACGACUUAGAAAAUACCUCUUCCAGAUCCUUCAAGCAAUUGAAUAUCUUCACAAUAAUAACAUCAUUCAUCGAGAUAUAAAACCUGAGAAUAUUUUAGUAUCCCAGUCAGGAAUUACUAAGCUCUGUGAUUUUGGUUUUGCACGAACUCUAGCAGCUCCUGGGGACAUUUAUACGGACUAUGUGGCCACACGCUGGUAUAGAGCUCCAGAAUUAGUAUUAAAAGAUACUUCUUAUGGAAAACCUGUAGAUAUCUGGGCUUUGGGUUGUAUGAUCAUUGAGAUGGCCACUGGAAAUCCCUAUCUUCCUAGCAGUUCUGAUUUGGAUUUACUUCAUAAAAUUGUUUUAAAAGUAGGCAAUUUGACACCUCACUUACAGAAUAUCUUUUCCACGAGUCCCAUUUUUGCUGGGGUGGUUCUUCCUCAAGUUCAACACACCAAAAAUGCAAGAAAAAAAUACCCAAAACUAAAUGGAUUGUUGGCAGAUAUAGUUGACGCUUGUUUACAAAUUGAUCCUGCUGAGAGGACAUCAUCUACUGAUCUUUUGCAUCAUGAGUAUUUUACUAGAGAUGGAUUUAUUGAAAAAUUCAUACCAGAACUGAGAGCUAAGUUACUGCAAGAAGCAAAAGUCAAUUCAUUCAUAAAGCCAAAAGAGAAUUCUAAAGAGAAUGAGCUUAUGAAAGAUGAAAGAAAAACAACUUAUACCAAUACACUGCUAAGUACUCCAGUUUUGGGAAAGGAAAUGGAGAGAGAGAAAAAGCCCAAGGAGAUCAAAGUCAGAGUUAUUAAAGUCAAGGGAGGAAAAGGAGAUAUCUUAGAACCAAACAAGAUAGAGUGUGAAGGUGGACAUUGUCAACAGGAUGCCGUUGAAAAUGCUCAUUCUAUGUCUCAAGAUACGAAACCUGUAAUCAGUGAACCACUACCAAGCCCUGUCAAUCCCAGCACUAAUUCUAAUGGCAUGAAAGACGAUCCACAUGCUGGAGGUAGUAUGAUGAUGCCACCCAUCAAUCUAACUAGCAGUAAUUUGAUGGCUUCAAAUCCCAAUUUAAAUCUUUCCCAUCCAAAUUCAAGGUUGACUGAAAGAGCAAAAAAGAGACGUACCUCUUCACAAUCUAUUGGACAGGUUAUGUCUAAUUACAGGCAAGAGGAUGAUGCAGGUCCCAUUCAAAGCCAAAUGGAGAAAAGUGUAUUUAAUGAGCGAACAGGUCAAAGUGACCAAAUGGCAAAUGGACACAAAAGAAAGCUGAAUUUUUCCAGAUCUGACAGGAAGGAAUUCCAUUUCCCAGAACUGCCUUUCACAAUACAGCCCAAGGAGGUGAAAGGAAUGGAAGUUAAACAGAUAAAAGUGCUGAAGAGGGAAUCAAGGAAAACAGAUUCAUCUAAAAUACCAACUUUACUUAAUGUGGAUCAAAAUCAAGAAAAACAAGAGGGUGGAGAUGGCCAUUUUAAGGGGAAGAACUUGAAGAGGAACAGAUUUUUUUUCUGAUUUUAUUUAUUUAUUCAUGAGAGACACAGAGACACAGGCAGAGGAAGAAGCAGGCUCCCUGCAAGGACCCCGAUGCAGGACUCUA